UGAAUACAACACUACAGUUUCGCUAUAGUUUCCUAUGAAGAGAGUCAUACAUAAUAAACACUGUAUUCGUAUGUAUUAGCAGUGAGUCUGUUGUUCGGACUAAUUCUCACACAAACUCGCAUUCAAUUGUUCGCUAACUGUUAUUCAAUACACCAAUCAAUACAUCAUUUCAUUUCAAUUAAACCACACUUUGAUCGACACGUUGUGUUCAACCACUCCAUACAGCUUUGAGUCCAACCGUAUAUAUAUUGACGUUGUUUUGCACACCAUUCAGUUAAUUGCCAAAGGAUUUGAUUGGACGCAGAGAUUGCUUAUAAGACUCGUUGCAAAGAGUUGAACACAUCAGGAGAUCCAGUGAUUGUGAUCAUCAGCGAUGGCAACGGACAUGAAGUUCGGUCCCGAAUGGCUUAAAGCGUUGUCAGGGGGCGGACCCAACGCGCCGGCCACCAGUCCCCCCACAUCAGGCGCUCCCCCGAAGUACAAGCUAUCGGAGUAUCGAUACGGAAGGGAAGAGAUGCUGGCGCUCUUCAACCAUAACCUCAAACCUCCCGAGAGUUUAGCGGAAUUCCCGCACCUUUUCACAGAGAACCGGGUGUUUAUGGUCAUGGAGUUGGCCCCGUAUGGCACCCUCGCUGACUGGCUCAAGGAUAAGGGCGCUCUCACCGAGACACAGGCCGUCCCUAUCUAUAUACCCAUACUGGACGCCAUGCACCACAUGCACACCAAUAGGAUAGCGCACCGGGACCUGAAGCUCGAGAACAUACUGAUCACUCGCAAUCACGUGCCAAAGAUCUCGGACUUCAGUUACGCCAUCGAAUACCAGAAGAAUGAGCCGAAGACGACCACCUUUUGCGGAUCGUUAGCUUACUUCAGUCCAGAGAUACUACAGCGACAGCCGUUUGAUCCGAUCAUAUCCGACAUCUGGAGUCUCGGCGUCUGUUACUAUAUCGCACUCAACGACGGCCUGCCCUUCAAGUUAGGCGACGACCGGCUUAUGUUACAGAAACAGCUGACGAGGGACUGGCGGUGGAGGCCUAGAGUGGAGCCUAAUCUGUCGAAAGAGGUGAAGGAUAUGGUGACUAAGAUGUUAGAGCNCAGGACAACAGUCUCUCCGCCGCCUCUCUACCAAUGGAUGUGUCGACUCAAGUCUAGUCUCAUAUCCAAAUACAGUCUUUACUUUUAUAGCACUCUUAGUAAACAGGUUUCAAACAGUUGUUCCAAUGAUAUGAAGACUGUUUGUAGCAAACAGUCCAUUGAUUACAUCCAGAAAGUGAUCACUUUUCAGCGCAAAACUGACGCACAGUUUGUGGCCCUUCUGUUUGAUACUCACGGCUUAGAGGAUUACAAAGGGUUUGGAUAUCAUUCACCGUAUAAGAGCUUCGAGAGUCCCAAAGGGAUUGAUUCCAUACCUAUUAUCUAUAGUUAUCCCUUAGAAGUGCCAAAAAGUCAUUUACCGACUCUUAUAAUGAUUAUGAAUAACAAAUCAAAAGAACUGAAUACCAGUGACUCAUUGGUUCCACUAUUUGAUUCCCAAUUGAAUUGCACUUAUUUUUUGAUACGUCCCGACCCGAGGAUUACUCUGAUUGUGAUCUUCGAGUCGAAGAAGUCUGAGAGAGACAGUUAUAUCUGGAAUUGGAUGCAAGAGAUGUGUGCAGUACUCAGAGGUAACAAAGCGUUCGCUACUCUUAAACCUGGUAUCAAAUGA